CUGAAACAGCCACGACGUUGUUCAUCUUGACAACCAACAGCCCUAUUUCAGCCUUAGGCGCGAUUGAUGCGCUGUUGGCGCAGAACAGUGCAACUUUUGGCACAGCAGUGCUCUCCAACGCCAUCGCAUCGUUGAUCGCACAAACAAAUCUUUCUACCGUGAAUCUGACGUUCGCCGUGUCCGUCUCGGCUCUGACAGUUAGUUCAGGAAGCCUAAUUUCGCCUGCUAGUGACCUAGCUUUUCCACCGACCACCACAACUACCACGACAACCACAGUGUCCUAUGUCUGUUUUCCUUGGACUUACUAUCCAGAUAAUAGUACGAACGCAAGCAACUACAGUAGUAACGGGACGAACACGAAUGCGAGCAACGCGUCAGCUGGUAGCGGGUCCUCACGGAUUCUGAAAGAAGUAACGGCUGGCGCAGACGCAGAGACUUCCAUGACAAUGAGAGAAGGGAUAAUAAACAGUGGCGACAGUCGUACCGACAUCAGAGAAUUAACGAGUGCAGUGGCUAGUAAUUCAACCAACGGGUCUAACAUGUCGUCCAAUGUCACCACCUAUACGGGACCGACUACUUGCAUACCAUGGGUCGCGCCAGCACCUCCGGCGAACGUGAGUAAUACAACAGCAGGUAAUGUAACAAACUCUUCAAAUGCAUCAGCUAAUGCAUCUGGUGGUGGUGCGCGAAUGCUGUGGGCAACGGGAGAGUAUACCGGGAGCAGUGGCGGAGAGGAGGAUAGUAGUGGGAUGAUGAUGUCCUCUUCACCGGAAGAGUCUUCCCGUACCUCAGACAUACAGGCAGCGUCAAGAAAAGCAGACAAAGGGAAGCCCCAGUUUGUAGUUUCGCUUCCUGUUGUUACCGCAAACAGUGAAGGCAAAAAAGCUGUGAUACCAAUUUCUGAGUUGCGUCGCAUCCUCAGCCCAACUGGACAUGAACAUCAAGAUCAAGUCACCGUUCCAGAGUCGACCUCCCUUGACCAACAUCCGUCUCGUGCCUCGUUUCCUUUCCCAACAUCUACUUCGAGUUCCUCAACGUCACCAGACGAAUUUACUCGUUCUUCCUCAGAACCAGUGUCAGCAGCAGAACCACGACAACUCCAGUCAGUUCCUUAUUCAGACGCACCCUCUUACUCAUGCCGCACUAGUCGUGCGACGUCUUUGAAAGCAUCUUUUGGGACCUUUUUUCCGGAUUGCUACAGACCACGCCAGGCCCUAGACGACUUGAGUCAGGCAUGGGUCGGUGAUUACCGUGGUGCCGCGUCGCAGUUCUUUGAUGAGUUAUGCUUGGAUGGGCCGACCACGACCAGUACAUGACGAUGUUCCUGCCCAUCCACCUCCCAGUAUCAAAGUACACACGAUGAAGAAUGUAGUUCCUGAUUAUAAUAUCAAUACUAGUAUCAAAGUAUACAUUCUAGAAAUCAAUAUCAAGCUAUACUGCUCAACAGUAUCUACUUCCAUAUUUUGGCAACGUUCAUACAUCUCCGAUUCCACUGCCUUCGAUCAUGUUGGUGGAACCGCGAUGGCUUCGAAUGAAUUAGCCUUGGUCACCCCAGCACUGUACACCCUGAGCAGCUCAACGCCUACAACGUUCUUGAGUUAAGGCUCCGUCUAGAGGUACACGAAAUCCAUCCAAGGGAGGCCGCUUUCUAAGGGAAAAGAACUACCAUCUUCGGGACACAAGCCCUAUAGAAGAUGGAUUAGGAUUUCUCUCAGUUGUUCUAAUUUACUGACCUCCGGACGUCGGUUCUGUAUCCGCCAAUAGAUUUGCUAUCGAACGCGCGUGCAUUUUUGGUGCACGCUUUCUACUACCUACCAGCAACUGCCUAUGCGCAUGACGCUGGGGCAAGGAGUGUGGUUUGGCUUUUAUGGUGAAGAAAUGGAGUUGUUGAGCUUGAGCUGAACUGGAAAAUCCACAGGGGGAGCCCCCCUCCGUGGUACAUACUUAAGUUAGAAUAAUUUAUAGAACGGAUGUAGGAUGGACUUGGAUGGAUCGGAUGGACCCCCCUGCUAAGCCUUCCGGUCCUCCUUGAAAUGGUGGGAAGUCCAUCCGUUCCAUUCGAUCCAUCCGAUCCAUCCCAUCUCGGAUCUGGCACCCCUAGAGCUUGCUCUAUUAUAUGACGAACUGAAAUAAAGUAGAAACCUGCCUGCGCGUCUCCCUCAACAUCUGUCGCUCUCUCUCUUUCAUAUUCCCGCCUCUUCUUUGAUUUCCGGGUCACUGGCAGGGUUUAUCCGAGUUUGGCUGCCACAGUUUUGCCAUUCGACGAUAGUGCAAUAUUGACUGGGCAAACCAUUUCCCUAGUUUUCGCAAUAGUCUUUUGCUUGGCUGUAUUGGGCCUAGCGCUGAGACGGAUUUUCAAGCCAUAUUUCGAAGAAGAAAGAGAGGUCUUUUCUUAUGACGAAGCACUUACGAAGAAUGGCGAUGGAUAAAUGUGGUGCCAGCUUCAGCCUACCUACGUGUUCCAUAAGCAUAGUCUCCAAACUGCAUUGGCAACUUCUGACAAUUGAGAUCAAUGACGGUGGUGCCUGGAUCAUCUUAACCUCACAUCUUAGUAGAGUGCUCCCCUCUAAUAUCCUUUCCGCAAGCACGGCUUGCAAAUUCUCAUCCUGCUCUUCGUCGUUACCUAUGCAGCGAUCCUCCUCUCCGUCGGACACGGCAUCGAUGGUAGCUCGGUCACCAACGCUCUCGCAGCUGAGCGCGUGAAUACAACAUUGGCCGUCACGGAAACUACACCUGCAAUAGUUAAGGGAAGGGUGCAUCUGUUUAUUAUUCUGCAAUAGUUAAGGGAAGAUGAAUAGCAACAUGUGCUCCCACUUCAAGUACAGGGUUAGUAGUGAUGCUAUCUUGUAUCAUCUUUUUCUGUUUAUUAUAUAGUUGGUUGUAUUUUCCCUAUAAGAACGAAGAGCAAUCAUAACUUCACCUAAGAAUGUGUCAUGAUGCCACUCAUUGAGAAUCCAAGUUAUACUAGGGGAACGUCGUUCCACCUAAACAAGAAGGGCCUACAGAAGGGGAACGACAUGCCCCUAUCGACACUCGGAAUGAGUGGAAGCAUUCAAAGAAGACAUAUCGGAGAAGCUAACACCAAGAUGCUCCAACCUCUAAAAUAGCGCCGCCAAGCUAUGUGAGCACAGACUUGCGCUCAGCCAGUAGUGGUCGCGUCACGCUGGCUGCUGUCAGCGGAGUUCUCCAAAUUCUAGUGAUGGCCACGAUGUUGAACUACUUCUCGUGUUUCUUUCCGCAUUUGGGCCUUGCCGCUCGCGUUGGGGGCAAAACAGUACGCCCAUUGCUCCUUGCGUCUUUCGCGUGGAUAUACGUUCCAAGCUUGGCAGCAGGACUGUUGGGUGGGAUACCAAUGGUCUCCCGCGAUGCAGCCCACAGUCAACUGGUCUAUAUCUUAAGGCUCAGCUUUCAAUGGUCAUUGGGGUUGGUCACUGGCGACCCCUUCUUGAGAGAACCAACGGGGGGAAAAUGAAGGAAAAGCAAAGGGAGAGGCAUGGGGCCCAUUUCUUUCAGAGUCAGUGACCAUUGAGUGCUGAGCUUUAAAUAUCGGACUACUAGCGCCUCUGAGGAUACUCUCCGGCAAUUUCUUGACGUCAGCCGAAGACAAUGCUCUCCGUGGAAGCGUGGACAAUUACUACCGAUACUAUGCGACAUCUGUGAUUAUGAGCAAGUACUACGGAGUUUGUGGAGAGAUUCAAGUCGAUGCAGCGUUCUUGUAAUUCCAACUUAAACAAAGGGACAGUACCAAACCUAAACCUCCAAGUAGACUGACGGACUCCUACUUGGACAAGAUUGAUUAUUUGAAGCCGCAAUCACUCACACGCUCUAACCCCAGCGCUUCCGCCAACGUCCAGUCCUACAAAAGUACCUUUGGUCCUGGCGCUCUCGGCGACAACUCUUUUUCCACGUUUCACACACUGGAAUUCAUAGUCCAGCUGUUCAUCUUUUUCCUUGUCUUCCUUAUAUUAAGGCUUGACAUUCAACAACAUUGGUCGUUUCCAGGACCGCGCAUCCAUCCUCUUCGGGGGUAUCUUCACAAAAUUUACGACUACUCUCAUCUCAGGGAAAACCUCUUGAAGAUUCCACAUUCCGUUUCCUUCUUGAGGUUCUGAAGCCAAUUGUAAGGCAAGAUGAAGUGAGUCAAAUACUGUAGUUUGGAGCUCUAAUUAUAGGGGAGCAAUUAGUAGUCGUCGUCUUGGUCCAGGGUGUCAAGGAGCUGAGUCUGCGGAGCAACGCUACGCACCACUAUGCGUGGAUGGCUCAGGACGCUUUGGAGUUUAACCCUAGUAAGCAUCCAACAAAACCGUUGCUGUCUCAUCCGGUGCAUCCUGAAGAUUUCCAGGUGAAGAAUAACAAAGAGGAUGAUGAGUAGUAGAUUUUGAUCAUGUCAAGAUGUGCUUGUUGGGGAGAAUAUGAGGAAAGCUGGAAUUCUAGAAGAAGGUCUAUCGUGCUCUACUGAAUACUUUUUUUUUUGCUAGCCGUAGCUAACCGUACGUGUGAAAUAUUUUCCAUACUGUGACUGAACACCGUAACCGUGAACUGUUUUCUAUUGAGAACAUGCAGGCAGUUGUCUGCAGCUGCCACCGCAUUUAUCCAUCGCCAUCGACGUAAGAAUAUGUUCGAGUUAUCAAGGUUCGAUGAUCAUACUCAUUAGCAAUUGAGGACAAGAUGAAAAGGUAGAGAAUGUGUUGCUGCAGACAAAAACUGCUAGAUGAACAAUGCAAAGAUGAGUGUUGUACAGAUAAAGAAAGAAUAAGAAACGCUCUGAACAACCUCAUAAAGACUGGCAAAGCACGCAGUUGCCAGUACGGCUACCAU